AUGGCGAGAGACCCUACACUGCUCUCAGAGCCGCAGCCAACAGCGAUUGCACCUGCAAGACCCACCAUCGCACAUGUACAACUCCGAGACCUUCUGAUUUGCCCCCGAGAACAGGGCGUAGUGAACUAUGUAACACAUCGCGCCAUCGUUGAGCAAGACCUACAUGCGCCAGGAGCGCCCACACGGAUCCUCGCCCACCUCCAUUUCACCCCAAACUCUCUUACAUCGCUCCCAGUAGGCCAGAACGACACUAUAAUUGCCGCAGGCGGGCAGGAGGCCGAGAUUCACCUGUCGUACCACACCCCCUCGUCGUCGCGCCGCACCCAUCUCGUUUGGGACCACGAAGAGCACCUAGCGGGAUCCAUCAACAACUCCGUCUUGCUCACCUCCCUCAGCCUCACAACCUCCAAUGAGAGCAGCAUCGAACCCCGUGUGGGAGUUAGCAACAACGACGGCAGUGUCAGAUUGUAUGACAUCCCUCUCAGGCUGCCAGACUCGAGAUGGAAGCUGGCCGAGGUUGGUGCAGUCAGGUUGGAUGUGCCAAUCAACCAUUCCUCGAUCUCCCCCGACGGUCGAACUCUCCUGUCCGUUGGUGACUCCAACAGGGUAUAUUUUCACCGCAUAGCCGGAGGCGGCAGGAUCACCUUCUCACCCAUAACGACGCUCUCAAUCCCAUCUCCCGACCCAUCACCGUCGCUCUCGUUUCCUACGUCCUCUCUAGCAGCGUCAUUCUCGACAGCAUUCUCGGGUGAUGGAAGCAAAUUCGCGGUGGCAAGCCAGGAGGGUGUUGUAGCUGUGUGGGACGUCCGGAGCACGAAGGUGAUGAAAGUGUUUCAAACGGAUAAGAUGCGUGGUCUUGGGGGCGGCAUGGAGAGGACGAGCCUGGGCAAUGGAGGAGCAUCGGGAUGGCUGUCGGACGACCCGUGGGAAUGGACGAGGGGAACGAAGGCGCCGGGAUGGUGUGUCCGCAGCGUCAAGUUCAACGGAGGCGAGGGAGGGAGGAUGGGCAAAGAGGUCAUGGCUUUCACAGAGCACACAUCGCUGGUGCACAUCGUCGAUGCACGGACUUUCGAGACUCACGACAUCAUUCGAGUGCCAACCAUGCAUAAACCCCCGCCUCGCCAGCAAGAUCACCCACAUCGUCUAUCUCGACCUCGCCUCUCCUCUGCUCCAUCUCGUACAUCGGGUACGGGUGGCAACGCCGACACCGCUGCAGCGUCGUCAUCAGGAAGUGCAUCAACAUCGGCUCCAACAUCGUCAACACAACAGAGACGUACUCAACGAAACACAUUGAGACGACUGAUGCCUGUCAGCAAUGCUCGCAGGACAGGACCUUCCUCUGCUCCCAACGCCUCUUCCUCCAACAAUGCAGCGGCCUCAAGUUCCGCUGCCAACCCCAACGCAGCUUCUCCACCCCUCUCUGCUUCCUCCUCCCUCUCAGAAACGACUCAAGCCAUGUAUGAGCUGUUCCGCGAUGCACCUGCUCGGAAUCGGCCACCUCGGCGACGAUUUGCUCGGCCCGAGGCAUCAUCAUCAUCCAACGCACCUGGAUCGAACUUCCGGCAUGAGCGCCUUUCGGGUAAUGGCCCCAGCGCAAAUGCAGGCCCGAGUUCCCGACCAGAGAUCGUACGGGCACUUGGAGAUGCGUUCCGUAUCCCAACAAGUGCGUACAGCGCCCCUGCUAGCAUUGGUGACUCCACAUGGAGGACCCUUGGCGGUACGAACGUCGUUGGGAAUGUCGGAAUCGGGGCUGGGUCGGGAUUCGGGAUCGGAAGAGGUGCUUUGGGUGAUUUCCGUGCGGCUGCUGCUGGUUCUUCCUCUGAUACUGCAAACUCUCCAAGUGGAAGGACGAGCCCGAGACCAAUCACGACUCCCACCAGCAGGGCGAGCAACACGGAGCGUGGGAUGCCUUCUCUGCUGGAAUGGGCCGAGUAUGUUCUUGACUUGGAGAAUGCAGAAGCGAUUGCAUCUUUGAACAACGAUUUCGCUGCCGCCCCCGCCGUGACUACCAAUGCCACGACACAUGACCCUGCCAGUGCUUCUAACACAAACUCUCUUCCUCUCGACGUCGAUGGUGCUCGCGACCCAGAAGAAGACGCUGCGCUCGCCCUUGCUCGACGUGUUCGGCGAGCCGAGCAGGCUGCUGGGCUGCACGCGCAUGACAAUGAAGGCCCCAUGGAGGAAAAUGGCCUCGAGAGUCUCCUUCAACGAAUCCGGACACAGGGCCGUGCUCGUGCUCGUGCAUGGGAGAAUCGAUCGCGCAGGGACCCUGCGGAGGUGGAUGCUGAGACAGAAGCGCGUGUGAUGGAUCUGGAGCAAAUCAUGCGAGAACGAGAGAGGGAGCUCGAAGAGGAGGGCAUCGUCGUCGUUCCUGACCUCGGAGACCGGUUCGUCGAGAGCGAGGUGCAUGCCCUACUUGCUGUGCAUGGGAUUGAUAGCCGUUUGAGUAGUGACGGGCCAACUGAAGGAGAGGUUGGCCAGGCAGAGGCAGAGGCAGAGGCAGGUGCGACCACGAGGAGAAGAAGGAGGGAGUUGGACGAUGAAGGCGAUGAUCUGGACGAAGAAGACCGGGCAAUGAGGUACGGGUUCAUCCCACCUGGCGUCACAGAUGACGAGGAGCUAGACGAGGAUGAGGAAGUUGAUAGGGAUACGAACACCGGCUCGACGACGGCAGACUUUGAGUAUCGACUCUAUGGUCCGCCAAGGUACGCUGCCCGUACGCGAAGGUUCGCGAGAAGGAUGAGGGACUUCGAGGGUGGAUUCGACGAGGCUGAGGAGGAUGUCGGUCUCGACCUGGCCGGGCUGGAAGCAGAUACUGAGGACAGAAUGGACGUCGAUGUCGAUGGUGAUGAAGAGGGCGAUGUGGAUAUCGAUGUUGAUGGAGACGGAGAUGCCGAUCAAGACGUCGACAUCGACGGUGAAGACAACAAUGAAGACGACGAUGCCGACUAUACUUCGAGCACGGGUAACUCGCGAGCUCCUUCGCCUAGCCUUCUGUCUUCGGGCAGCAGGAUUAGGAAUGGCUUUAUUCCGAACGUCUCAUCUUUGCUGAGGUUCGGAACGAACGCGACUUCGUCCAGCGGCAGCUCGAGUUCCAGCUCGGGUAGCAGCACCGUUGGGCACCGUCGUACCAGGUCGAGCGGCAGUGCCAGAGAAGAGCCGAAGUACGACUAUUCAUUUUCGACAUCUGCUUCCAGCGGAAGACGCAGGUCGAAUGGCUUACGCUGUAAAGGUGGCCGACACGGUUAUUUCUACUACGAUGACCUCGACAUUGCUGGGUUGUGCUUCGAUCCUUGGGGCGAGAGAAUGUACGUUGCGGGUGUCGCGGCUGCUGCUCAUGGUGUUGGUUCAGCACAUGGAGGGUUGUUUUCUGGCGCGUUUGGUGGUGCUCCGCCGGUGGUUGCUCCUGGAGGUGCUGGACAAGGGGAGGGCGUUGGUGCAGUUGUUGAAUGGUGCGUCAGGGGUGCCGAGAAGAGGUGGUAUGUCGAUGAGGGGUGGAUGUAA